AUGUUUAGAAAUCUGGUGCGUUUGCUCACAUCUGGACGACCUAUUAGUCUUAGGUUAUCUCAAACUCAAAAUGCUAUUUUGACACCAAGAUUAGCAUCAAAACAAUUUAUAGAACCAGAUACACCACAAAAGAAAGAACGUAAAUUAAGAAGAAGAGAGAAAAGAAUGAAGAAACAAAUAAUAAGAGAUGUGAAUACUUUGAAACAAUAUGAUGCAAAAAAUGUUCCAUAUCAAGUCGAUCCAGUUUUAGGUGAUCGUAGAUCAAAAUUUUUUUCAAGAAUAUUGGAGAAGAUUGAAGAUCAAGAAACAAAAUUAGCAAAUGGUAUAGAUAGAGUAGAGUUUGAAAAAAUUUUAUUUGCUGCUGAAAAAUUGUCAUUGGAGAAAGCUUCAAAUAAUGAAGAGAUUAGACAAAAUGUAAAAGCAGUUGAGGAAAGUAAGAAAAAAGCAGUAUUAACUAUACUAAAUUUAAAAAACACUGACUCGAAAGAUAAAAAGAAAUUAGCUAUACAAUAUGCAAGAGAGGAACUACAAAGAGAACCUGGUGACACUGCAUCUCCUGAAGUUCAAGCAGCUGUAAUGACAGUCAAAAUACAUUUUGGAAUGAAACAUAUAAAAGCGAAUAAAAAUGAUCAUGCAACCACUCAAGUAGUUAGAGAAUUAGUUCAGUAUAGACAAAAAAUUUUGAAAUAUUUGAAAAGGAAAGACCCUAAAAAGUAUUACUAUGCUUUAGCCAAAUUAGGAUUGACAGAUGACGUUAUUGAUACGGAAUUUUCCAUGGGUAGACAAUACUUACAGGAUUAUAAAAUCUGGGGUGACAAGGUAUUGAUCAAAGAAACACAAAGUGAGAAGAGAAAGAAUAACAAGAUUAGACAACUUAGAGAAAGAGUUAGUGGUUAUCAUGAAUUAGCCAAGAGAAAUUACGAAAUAAUGAAGAAAGAAAAACAAGCUUAG